UUACUUUGUAAACUAUGGCUGUCAGAGUCAGAAACACUCUAUCACCAUUCUAUGUAGAAUUAGCUAAAAAGGAUCUGUCAGAAAAUCCAGCACAUAUCCAAGCACAUUUGACUGCUUUUAAACGAUGGUUAAGCUCAUGUCAACACUUAACAAUACCUCAAGAUGAUGCUUUCCUGCUUAGUUUUCUACGUUAUGCACAUUAUGAUCAUUCGGUUGCACAGAAACGCAUUGAUAAUUUCUGUAGUAUACGUUGUUUAAGUAAACAUGGGAUUACAGAAUGGUAUAAGUAUCCAAAAUUAACUGAUCCGAUUGUAGACGUAUAUUUAGAUGCCGGCAUUUUUGUUCCAUUGGGUAUCGUAGACAGUGGAGUACACAUGUUUAUACUAAGGUUGAAGGCUUGGCAAUCUGAUCGUCUAUCACAAACACAAAUGAGAGCUUUGAAUAAUAUGAGUUUUGAACGUUUUAUUUUCGACGAACAAUGUCAAAUUGGAGGAUUCGGUAUUUUCAUUGAUUUAUCAGGAACAACAACUAAACAAGUCAGUGAAUGGACUGAUCCAAGAACAGCGAAAAGUUCAAUGAAAUUAUUACAGGAAGCUACUCCUGGACGUACUAAACAUCUUAUAUUUUAUAAAGAAUCGAAAGCAUUCGAUAUAGGUUUCAAAAUUUUUGAAUUUUGGUUAAGUGAUAAAAUGCGACAACGAAUUAUAAGAAUUAAAGAUGACACGGAAAAAGCUUUCAAAAAGGUACCUGGUUUGAAACAAAUCAUGCCGGAAGAAUAUGGAGGGUGUAAUGGUCCAGUUAAGGAUUUAAUCGCUUUAGAUAAAAAAAACUUCAAGACAUUUUACUCACAGACAUAUUGCCUAAGUGAUAUAAAAGUCGAUGAUUCUAAACGUCCACUUUCCGCUCAGAAUUACAUGCGAGAAUAUAAAGAUAUUGAAGGUACUACAAUGGGCAAUAAAGGCACAUUUAUUUCACUUAAUCCUGAUGAUGAAUGAUCUACAAUUGUUGAUUAGUUAACAUUGAACAAAAGACAAUGAUAUUUGCCAUUUCUCUUUUGUUUACUUCAUUUAUUUUCUUUAAACUUUAUCGAACUAUUCUAAUUCUCUAUAGAGAAGAAUGACUUAAAUUGAAUUUCUUAUAAUUUUAAAAUACCAUUGGCUUCAAAACAGACUGACAUUAUUGGACUACAGUUGUCUUAAUAUCUCAGAAACGUUCAUAAACAUUAAACACAAGUAACGAUUUGUACAUGUCUUAAUGAUUAUCUAUUUCUACCUAAUUAUUGACAUCUUCUGUAAAACAUAUUAUUAAAGUUGGAAAAAUGAAGUUUAUAUGCAUCUUGAAC